GCAAGCCGAACACUUUUUGUCGGCGGUGGCUGAGAGUGUAAAAUUUGUCGGCGGCGGCUGCUAAUCGGCGUUAAGCCGUUUUUAAACCGGCUCGAAAAAAUUUUCGGCUGCGCUGAAUUAUAAUCACAAAAUUGAUGUAAUAAACCCUGCCUUACCCUAUAAUCUAUAAACUGUUGUAUCGUCAUUAUCAACUAACACUGAACAUACCUACUGCAAAAAAUUUUAAAACAGCUGAUUAGAAAAUAUAAACAAACAACCGGCAUUAGAAGAAUUCUAAUAUAUUUUUUAAUUAUUUAUUAAAAUCGAAAUUAAUUUAUAAAUAUUUCAUCAAGAUGCUUCAAACUAAACAUCUACUGCAACAAUACACUAUAGUUGUUAACAUUUUACGCAAAUAUACCGCCAAACCUGAACUGAAAACUUUCACUCAAAAAAAGCAAUAUUAUGGUGACUUAUUUCCCGAUAAAUUACUCAAUAAAAAACAAAAGACACCCUCCCACUUGUACAUUACUAAUGAGCAGACCGCUCAUCAAAUCAAUAAACAUUUAGAGCCCUUUUUUCAACAAAGUCCUUGCGAUACAAUUCUAGAGUUAAAUCCCGGUAUUGGAGCAUUCACACGCCGUCUCUUAGAUAAUGAGGAGAAAUUCAAGAAAAUUAUUCUUAUGGAAACUAUGGAUUAUUUUAUGGGCAAUUUACAGGAAAUGCAUACUUUAUAUCCCGAAAGAGUCAAGGUUAAACAGGGUGAUUUGGUAAACAUUUGGAAAUUGGUCUAUCAAGAUAAAAUGGAUAAUGGCUCGAGAGUGCAGGAUUUAUUGCGUGAUAUACCUAAUAAGCAAUUUGAAGAGGAUCCUAAUAUCUUGUUAUUUGGAGCUGUAGGUUCUUAUCAAUUUUUCAAACACCUUAUAAAUUCGAUUAUAUUUCAAAAUAGUUUUCUUAAUCUGGGCAGAGCUGAAAUGUAUUUUGUGGUACCACCUCCCAUAUAUUUGCAUUUGACUUGUACCAGCGAAAUUGGUUAUAUGAUCUACAGAUCUACCUCUAUUUUAUUUCAAAUGUUAUUUGAAUAUCGUUUUAUUGCUCGUUUGCCCAGAGAUGAAUUUCUGCCCGCACAAACUGAAUAUAAUUUCACAAAAGGAAGUAAGCUAGGAAGGGUACGUUCUGUUAAUCCUGAAUUUCUAUAUUUGGUAAGAAUCAUACCGCGUCGGGAUAUUUACAAGUAUGUAGCACCUGAGGAUAUGCCUUCACUAUGGUAUUUUGUAAAACAAAAUUGUAUAAGCAGACGCAAUCGUAUCAUACCAAAUCUGGAAAAAUGGAUACCAGGCUGUGGACCCCGCCUAAUAAUUAAUGCUGAAGAACCUAAACCCUCAGUACCGCUAUACGAUGAUGAAGAUGUUGCAAAGCUACCAAAAUAUUCAUCACGUUGUUGUACUAUUAACAAUAACGAUUACUAUCCAAAUAUCAAUAUUUAUACACAAUUUGGUGAUUUAAGCGCUAGUCAAAUGUUAACAUUAUUCUCAUUAUUCCGCAAAUGGCCGGAAUAUAAAGAAAGUUCAUUUUUGGCUUCUUUCGAAAAUAGUAUGAUUAAAAUGGAAGCUUCUGCAGAAGACUCUGUAGAAGGUAUAGCCGAAGAGGAUGAUGACAUAACGGCAGAACAGACACCCGAAGAUGAUGGGGUAACAACAACAGUACAAAAGGUCAAUGCUAAACGCUCUAGAAAAACUAUAAAAGAAGUCUAACGUUAAAAAUAGUAAUGAUGGCGAUUUAUUAUUGGAAAUAUUUUUGUAAUUGUCUUCUUUAAUUCUAUUUUAAAUUUAUAUUGUUAAAGUUAAAUAAUAAUAGUUUAUUUUUGUUAAAAAACAAGAAAAAUAUUUGUGAAAACCAGUUUCUUUAUUUCCGUCCUGGACAACGUCCCUGUAUGGCUCUCUUACAACCACGAGCACAUAAAUCGACAUUGGUCAAGUCAUACGAAUGCUGAGGUUCUUCACCAAAACGUGAUUCCAAUGAUAUGGACAAUUUAACACAGUCCACGUGCAAAGUUUGAGGAUUAACACCAAUUACAUAGGAGAGAUGGGCAUUUUGACAAGCUCCAGCUUUACCAAAUUCAUAACAAACACCUUUAAUUUUAAUCUGACCAUCGACUUUACAAUCGUUUGCUAUGCAAAUGGGUAAAACCGCGUUAUCGCC